AUGAACUUGGAGCGGGUGUCCAACGAAGAGAAGUUGAACUUGUGCCGCAAGUACUACCUGGGUGGGUUUGCUUUCCUGCCUUUUCUCUGGUUGGUCAACAUCUUCUGGUUCUUCCGAGAGGCCUUCCUUGUCCCCCCAUACACGGAACAGAGCCAAAUCAAAGGCUAUGUCUGGCGCUCUGCUGUGGGCUUCCUUUUUUGGGUGAUUAUACUCACCACCUGGAUCACCAUCUUCCAGAUCUACCGGCCCCGUUGGGGCGCCCUUGGGGACUACCUCUCCUUCACCAUACCUCUGGGUACCCCCUGA